UGCAUGGCAAGGGGUUGGACUGGAUGGCCCUUGCGGUCUCUUCCAACUCUAUGAUUCUAUGAUUCUUUUUCGCUCCAUCUGUGGAGGAAGUCAGGAGUUGUGUGUCUAUCUGUGUGUAUGUGUGUGUUGGUCUCCUGGAUGUCUUUGUGGGUCUGUUCCAUUUCCGAGGCCCCAAGACACUGUUUAUGGAAAGAGACUUGGCCUUCCUUGUGUAUUCGUUGCAAAAUCAUCUCCAGGGGAACCAAAGUUUUAAAAAAGAAAGAGGAAGGCAGGAGGGAGGGAGGGAGGUUGGGACACUUACAGAUUGAUAUCAGAUGCAGAAGGGGAACAAAACAAGGCCCUCUUGGGGUGGCGAAGUUGGCAGCGGAUUGUGAGAAAGGUUGCGUCGCGGAGGAGGGCAGGAGGGUCUGGAAAUGGCGUGAGCGUGACGAAUAUAAGGCAAAAAAUAGAUUGUUCUCAUUCUCUUCUGAUAUUUAAACCAUAUGGAGUAUAUCCACUAAAGCUGAAUUAUUUUGGCCUGGGAGAAUUGGGAUGGGUUCUUCUUGUGGGACUGGCUGCCUACCUGGAUGGGCUUUUUUGGCAAUAUAGUGGUCCCUCCACAUUUGACGGGGUUUGGGGUGAAGGACCCCCAUGAAUGUGGGGAAAAAUAUAUGCCAUUCUUUUUACCUUUUUACCUAGCAAUCUCCAGCUCCUCCAGUGCAACUCUGUGGUCAACAUCGGCCAGAAAUUGACCACAGAAUCAUGUUAGAGGACCUACAAGUGAAUUUAAUGCAGUAUGGGAUCGUCCUGGAUGCCGGAUCCUCACACACGGCUCUCUUUGUGUACAAAUGGCCGGCGGACAAGGAGAACGACACGGGGAUUGUGAGUCAACACAGCAUGUGCGACGUGGAAGGAGGAGGAAUCUCCAGCUACGCUAAAAAUCCGCCAGACGCAGGCGCAAGUUUGAAGGCAUGUCUCAACCAGGCCGUGGCCGCUGUCCCAAAGGAGAGGCAUGCGGUCACCCCUCUUUACCUUGGAGCCACAGCCGGCAUGCGGCUGCUCAACCUCACCGACCCACAGGCUUCGGACCAUGUCUUGGCGGCCGUGGCCUCCACACUGAAGCAAUACCCUUUCGACUUUCGCGGAGCCCGGAUUUUGAGCGGAGAAGACGAAGGGGUCUUUGGCUGGGUCACCGCCAACUACCUUCUUGAGAACUUCAUCAAGUACGGAUGGAUCGGGCAGUGGGUCCGUCCCAAGAAGAAGACCCUGGGGGCCAUGGACCUUGGAGGAGCCUCCACCCAGAUCACCUUUGAGACCCCCGAGGAGAUUGAGAGCCGGCCGGCCAAUGCGGUUACUCUCCGGCUCUACGGCCAGAACUACAAGGUCUAUACUCACAGUUUCCUCUGCUACGGCCGGGACCAGAUCCUCAAGAGGAUUCUCUCCAGGGUCUUGAAGGCUGCGCGGUUUGCGCUGAAGGCAGACAACCCUUGCUGGCCGAGGGGCUACAGCCGGAGCUUCAGCAUGGACAGCGUCUACAGCUCCCCUUGCACUGCCAGCGAGAAGCCCCCCAACUACUUCCCCAUAGCCAUCGUGAACAUGAGUGGCUCUGGGAACGUGGACCAGUGCCAGGCGCACGCAGCCAGCCUCUUCGCCUUCAAGGACUGCCCUUAUUCCCGCUGCUCUUUCGACAAAGUCUUCCAGCCCAGCGUCACUGGGGACUUCAUCGCUUUCUCAGCCUUUUUCUACACGGUGGACUUCAUCCAGUCGGAGAUGAAGCGGCGGGUGGCCACCCCACGCGAUCUGGAAGAGGCCACGGCAGAAAUUUGCAACGCUACGUGGUCCGAGCUCUACGCAAAAGCACCGAAGAUGGAGAAGUUCUUGGCUGACUAUUGUCCGAUGGCCAACUUCGUCUACUUGAUCCUGAUGGAGGGCUACAAGUUUAAUGACACCAAUUUCCCAGAUAUCACCUUCCAGAAAAAGGCUGGUGACACGUCCAUCGGCUGGGCCUUGGGCUACAUGCUGAACCUGACCAACAUGAUCCCUGCGGAGGAGACCGGCUUCUGGAAAGGGACGGCAUACGGUCCUUGGGUCGGCCUUGUCCUGCUCUUGGUGGCCAUCGUCUUGGUGUCCUUGGUGGCCACCUUGUGCCUCCUGAGAUCCUCCAAGGGACGCGGGACCAUGUAGAAGGGGCAAAACGUGGAGGACAAGGAGUCUCCACUGACCCUGACGGUGUGACUUGGCUCGCUCACUCGAGCCUCUUAUACACACCAGACAUUCCCAGCCCUCCCUGGACUCUUGGCUGUUCAUCCUUCGGAUCAUUAGAAGGAGAAGGGAGGUAUGGAUGGAAAUGAACCUGGGGAGUCAUUGCCUACUUUUCCAUCUCCCAAAAAGCCUUCAGCAAAGACCACCGCACGGUCUCCACACGUCCAAGGACUUCGUUGUUUUUAUCCGUUCCUCUUCUGAGACUCAGGGAUCCCGAGUUCGGUUCAUGGCACCCACCAUGGACUACUACCAAAUACAUAGUCUAGCCCUUAUGAAGGAGGGGAAGGCUGGGAAGCGAUGGCUUUUGGCUUUCAUUGCAUUUUGGGUGCAUGGCGAACUGCAUUGACGAACCACAAGCAAUGCACAGACUGCGUCGCUGCCAACCCUUCUCCAAAAAUUUGGGUGCCUUAUAUUAAAAAUUGGUUAUAAAAAGGA